AUGCCCAGUUGCCUCACAGCCGCACCCACUGCCACAAGCUCUUCAGCUUCGCGCACAGGGGGGUGUUGAACUUCGCUCCAUCUCACUUCUAGGACAAUAUGCGCUCACUGAAGUAGAGGUGCCUCGCCUUUUGGUGCAGUGGUAUAUUGUUCCUUCAUAGACCCGGCGUCAUCGUCGGUCUGGGACAUCGUGUUUCAGCCGUUCCUGGAUGCUCUACACCGUCGAAACAUCGCGCUGAAUCUCUCCAUACCUGCACUUCAUCCGUACCCACAGAGCCGCGCCAUUACAUCACUUGCAUUUGCCGAUGACGUUGUCGUUGCUGUCGCGGGCUUGGAGUCACUCAACUUGCUCGAUGACCUGGCGCUCGACUGGAGGCAUGCAACGAAUGGCCGGCUCAACACGGACAAGACGGUCGUCCUACCGAUUGGACGUCGCUGGGACCCUGGCGAAUGGCCAAUCAUCGUCAAGGCCGCAGGCGAGUCGCUCGAGUGGAUCGGCCUCCCCUUCGACCCCAGCGGCGACACCGAACUCGCCUACGCGAAUCUCAUCGAACGGCUCGAGGCGACGCUGGAAGCGGUUCAGCAUCGCUGGCUCACGCACCACACCCGUGCCGUUUACGUCAAUCGGUACGCCAUUCCCAAGAUCCUGCAUUUCCUUGCAGCCGACAUCCCGCUGCCCGAAGUCGUCAAGAAGCUCGAUGACAUGCUCCUCGAUUUCGUCCGUGGGGACAAGGGCAGGACCAGCUACGGCAGAGACAUUGCGUUCACUGCCAAGAACAAGGGGGGACUCGGGGUGAUAAGGAUGCGGGACAUUGUGGACGCGGUUGCGGCACGGCUCUGGGAUGUUCUUCUCGGCGGUUCUGGCGCGAUUUGGCAAGGACUUGCGCGCACAGCACUCCAGCGAGCUCAGCCCGACCUCGACCUGGCCACCGAUCUCUGGCCACAUCCAUCCACUCCCAUCCCCGAUGGCACGCCGCACUGGGCGUUCCGAAACUUCACGACGCGCAGGUCAACCCGAGGGCCUUGACCACCGCGAACCUGCUCGGCAGCCUCCACACCCCCAUCAGAGGGAGACAGACCAUCGACGCGGUUCAUGUACCUGACUACCUUCGUCUCCAGGGCUACCCGAAGGUGGCGAAUUUCUAUCGGCGCGAGUUGUAUGCGGGUGGGGGGUUUCACCUCUGGACGCCGCCUGCGGAUGUGCUCGGCGACAACAGCAAGUACGAUCGACGCGGGCUCCCGCAGCGACUGGCAAUCGCGGCCUGGUACCGGUUCACUGUCGAUCGACACAAGAACACCCCCUUGGCGGCGGGAUGACUCAACGUGCCUCCCCGGAUCGGCACCAGCGCACCGCUCGAGGCGAUCAUCCCCAAGCCCGUGGCCCGCUUCGCAAUGGAGCAGCGCCUUCCGGACCCGGUGCUUCCACAACAGGUGAGCCAGUAUACGCUGCUGAACAUGGCUCGACCCUACACAAUCUGA